UCAUCACAAUGAGCUGCAGUCUCCGACCAGUCUGCUCCCAAUUGUAAUCAAGCUGCCACAACUCACUCAGUAUGAUUUGUUAUCAAAAAUAUUCAAGACAGCUGACCCUAUUUUUACUACUAACUGCAGGACUGUUUUGUAGAGCAAGUAGCACAAAUGCAAACGUGGUGAACAAUGAACUGGGGGAACGAGCUAUUUUAGUUGCUCAGGAUCGAUCCUCCGACACCAAUCACCAAAUUAAAUGGAUGAAAAAAACCAGUACUGUUGCCCAGUACAAGGACCGCCCCAAGGUGUACGGACAGUUUCAAGGAAGAGUGGAGAUAUCCAAUGACGGCACCCUGACAUUUCUCUCCACAACCAAAACUGAUGAAGGAACGUACCGCUGUGAUAUAUUUCAUAAAGAUGGAACAAAAAUAUCUUCCCAAGAUGUUACCUUGAAUUUAUAUGUGAGAGUCUCCAAGCCUGUGCUGAAUGUCAUCUGUAAGUCUCCAAAAGAAGUCAACAUAACGUGCUUUGUAGCGAAUGGAACAAAAAUCCACAUCACAUUACACGGUGACUCGAUGAUCCAAACAGUCCAGGGCUCUUAUUUGGAGAAGAAAUUUUCUUUUAGAAAGACUGGGAAUAAGAACUAUUCUUGCAUUGCGAAAAAUGAAAUCAGCGAAGCUAAGAGUGUGGAACAGGUUAACUGUGACGAAAAGAAAUGGUCUAGGAAUUACCAAAUUAUUAUGCUGGCAGGAAUAAUUGCGCUGGGAAUGAUAAUGCUUUUCCUCUUCAUUUGUUUAAUUAUAAAAUGUUGCCGAUCGCAAACCAAGAAACGUGCUGCGAAGCCGUACCCAUACCAAGGUGAACUGACAGAAGAAAGGGAAAUCGAUUACGUGAAUCAAUCAAAGGCGUCAAGAUCCAAUCUUCGAGAGACCCACGUCGAAUACAGCAGUCCACAUCCGCAGCCAAAGCCUCGUAAAAGCACGGAAAGGGGAGAGAGAAUGCGCGAAGGAGAGAGAGCGUGCAGUGAAGAAAGGAAGCAGGGAGGCAGGAACCGGCCGAGGGAAGGCGGGGUGCGGAGUGGUGGCACAACGCCAAGAGUGAAUGCCUACGGGGGAAAGACACCACAGCGAGGAGAGGGACCACCAAAAACAGAAGCUAAAGAACCUAGGGGAAGGAGAGGGCCUGUGCCCAUCCCUCCUGUGUGAGCCAUCGAUCUUCUCCAAAAAAAAUUGCUUCCGAAAAUUUAGGGCGCAGCAGUAGAGCUGCUGCCUUACAGCGCCAGAGACCCGGGUUUGAUCCUGACUGCGGGUGCUGUCUGU